GCCUACACAGCCUCUCCCAACACUCUUAUCACUCGCCGAAGCUCCCACCCCUCCCAUUCACCCUUAGUUGUGAAACGUCCCUAGCUUGACUCACAGCACGCAGCCACCCUCGGCAGGAUAGUCUUCCGCUGCCUUGAGAUUUUGAACUUCUACCGGAAAAGAUGAAGAAGUGGGGCAAGGGAGAGUACUGGGGCGUGUCCUCUGACUACGACCCGGAGUGGCUGCUGACGGAGAAGCAGAAGAAGCUACGGGAUGACCUGAUAGAGUUGUGCAGAGUGAAGAUCAGACCCAAUGCGGUUUACUGUGACAAGGAGUACGUGUUUCCCCGCGAGUCCCUCAAUGCCAUGGCUGAGCUGGGGCUGCUGGGCCUCCUUGUGCCUAAGGAGCUGGGUGGACUCGGGGAGAACCACAAAUUUGCUGCCGUCAUUGUGGAGACCAUAGCGCGUUACGGCUGCCCAUCCACAGCCAUGGUCUACGUCAUGCAUCUUGGAGCCUGUUCUGUGCUGCUCUUCAGGCACCACAACAACCCAAAGAUAAAGGACCUGCUGUCCCGCGUCAACAAGGAGAGGCUGGUGGGGACGGAGGCGUACUCUGAUCCCGCCACAGGUGGGCACUUCUGGUUUCCUAUGUCCUCCAAGGUGAAGACUGUGGACAAGGACAAAGUGAAGCUCCUCAAGUAUGGUUCGUGGGCCACCAGCGCCGGCCACGCGGACUGGUACGCCGUGCAGACCUUGAGCCCAGACUUUGCUGGGAACUACUCUGACCUCUCCUGCUUCCUGAUCUUCAAAGAUGAGAUUCGAGCGAACACUGACGACUGGAGUGCCCUCGGGAUGCACGGCAACAUGUCCGGCCCACUAGUAAUAGAGGGAAUAUUCAACCUUGACCGCAUGAUUGGCCCUCCAGGGGACGGCCAGUGCAGUAAUGACGAGUGUGUGGACCCAUUCUUCCUGCUGCUCACCUCUGCUGCCUGGGUCGGCAUCUCGCUGGCCUGCAUCGAUGUGGCAAAGAAGCACGUCACCCGCAAGGCUCAUGCUGACAUGGGCAUGAGGGUGUGUGAUUACCCAACCAUCCAGGACUACUUUGGUGAGGCAAUGUGUGACACUAACAGUUCACGAGGACUGGUGUACAUGGUUGCUGACGCGCUGGACAGAGUCACCAACAACAGCGACUGGUCUCUGCACGAAGACUUGACGUUCACUGCAAGAAAAAACUACUUGCAUUGGCUGUGGCAGGUUAAGUUUUCUUCAGCAAAGGUGGUCACCAAUGUAGCUGACAAGAUGUUACAUACUUGUGGUGGAACAGGAUACAAGACAGACCUAGGUAUUGAGCGACUCCUGAGAGAUGGCAAGGCUGGCUGGGUCAUGGGUCCCUCCAAUGAGGUGCUGCGCCAGUUUGUUGGCAAGACCGUGCUGGAAAAUAUGGAUGUUAUUGACUACUGGGAGCAGAGGCCCAACCACAGAACUCUGCAUCAUGAGAUCAAAAAGAUGAGCCUUGCAGACAAGAAGCAGCUGGCCAAGGAGCUAAUGGAGGAACUGGAGCAGGAGGAAGCAGGAACAGAACUGAAGCAUCCCUUCCAGGAUACUGACUUUGAGAACCCAUUCAACACAUGUCCACCAGCUGUUAAUGACAAGGUAAUCAAGACAGCUGAUGGGAAGAGCCACAGUCCCGCCCUGACGCCAGACACUUGGCGGCCCCUCACCCUUAAGUCCACCGUGAGUGUGAGUGACAAGAUGGCCUCCUUUGUAUUUGCACUGCCCAACGACACUGACCACACAGGAUGCCUGCCGGGACAGUAUGUUGCUGCAAAGUCAGUCAUCAACGGCAAGGAACACAUGCGAUACUUCUCCCCAGUGUCUCCUCCUGAUGAGUUUGGCGUCAUUGAGCUGGUGCUGAGGUUUGAGAAUCAAGGAAUAAUGUCCCAGCACUUCAAGGCACUCAAGCCAGGUGACAAGGUGGAAUUCCAGGGCCCUUGUGGAGGAUUUGAGUACUUGCCAAACCAGCUGCAGGAACUGACACUGCUGGCCUCAGGGGGUGGCAUCACGCCUGGCAUGCAGCUCAUCCGCUCCAUCCUCAAGGACCCAACUGACAAGACCAAGAUCACGUUGCUCUAUUAUUCUGAGAAUUACAGUGAGAUCCUUUACAGAGAAGAGCUGGAUAAAUACAGAAACAAAGACAGCAGGCUGCAGGUGGUGUACACGCUGGGGGAGGUGCCCGAGGAGUGGGAAGGUGAGGAGGGAUUCAUUGACACCCAGAUGAUCAACAAUUAUGUCACAAAACCUAAUGGGAUCAACCACAAGAUUGUGAUGUGUGGCGGCCCAGCAAUGGUCCUCUCAGCCCUGUACUCCUUCCGCUCCCUCGGCUACCCCUCGGAGUGCAUGUUCGUGUAUGGCCAGUUUGGCACCGAACAGGUGAAGACUGUGUAUGGGAAGACUGUGAAACUCUCCUCCCAUCGCUGCGACAACGUUGUGUAGUGUUGCACACCUGAGGAAGAUGUGGUGAAGUGAAAGAUUCCACUGUGGCCUGCUUGUUGUGGAUGCAGCAUAUCACUGCACAUUGUGGCUGCCGAACUGUUCAUUUGGAGUACAACUCGUGUCUAUCUAUGCUACAAAUUUACAUCUACAUUUAGCACAGUUCACCUUGUUUCUUCACUGCUUCAGAUCCAUCCCUCCUCUCCAUUUUAUUUAGCCCUAUAUGUUAAUGUAUUUUUUACAUUAAGUUUCAGGUAGCUCAGAAUAGAAUAUAUUUGUUUUGUGCUACAGUUUACCUUUAAGUUUUAAAAGUAUUACUUAAUCAAAGUAUGAAUGUUGUGCAAUUAUAUGGGCAGCUGCACAUGAAACAUGAAAGCUUUGAAUGUUGUGCAAUUAUAUGAGUAGUACCACUUGAAUGAAACAAAACUUUAAAACCAAAAAUAAAAUUUUAUAUAAAACA